AUGCAGGACCACGAUGGAUCGCAUAUAAAGGGCCUCCUCAUCAACUUCCUCCACGCCUUUUGGCCGUCACUUCUGAAGCAACCCAACUUCCUGCUGGAGUUCAUCACGCCCAUCGUCAAGCCUGGGACGUACCUCGAUCAAAGUGCGAAGACGAUCACCUACAGCGACUUUGUCAACAAGGAGCUGGUCCUGUUCUCCAUUGCGGACAACCUGCGAUCCAUUCCAUCUGUCAUGGAUGGCCUCAAGCCUGGCCAGAGAAAGAUCCUCUUCAGUUGCUUCAAGAGGAAGCUGAAGAGUGACGUGAAGGGAGGGAAAGAUGCUGCCAGCCCUCGUUACAUCUACACCAGGCUGCACAAACUCACACGGAUUCUUUUCUCGGAGGUGGACGAUGCCCUUCUGGACUUCCUGAACGAAGACGGACAGAAGAUUGAGCCGACAUGGUACCUUCCGAUCCUCCCCUUGGUCCUUGUCAACGGAAGUGAAGGGAUUGGCACUGGGUGGAGCUCCUACGUGCCAACGUUCAACCCGCGCGACAUCGUUGACAACCUCAAGCGGCUGAUGAGGGGCGAGGAGAUGGAGCCGUUGCACCCCUGGUUCCGUGGGUUCAAGGGAACUGUGGAACCCAACAGCAACAAGGACGGUCGGAACUACAUCGUGACUGGAACCAUCAACAAGGUCAGCGACACCGUUCUGGAGAUCACGGAGCUGCCCAUCCGAACCUGGACGCAGAACUACAAGGAGUUCCUGGAGGGGAUGAUGGUGGUAAACGACAAGAACAAGGAGCCAUUCAUCAAGGACAUGCGGGAGCAUCACACUGACACCACUGUGCAUUUUGAGGUGCACUUGUCGCCAGAGGGAAUGGCGACUGCGGAGGCUGAAGGACUGAUCAAGCGCUUCAAGCUGACAGUAUCAGUAGCAACCAGCAACAUGCAUCUCUUUGACAAGGAUGGGAGGAUGAGGAACAACAGGAAGAAGGCGGAGCUUCUGGCUGAACUCAAGGAGAAGAAGUUUGCACCCUUGCCAAAGGGCAAGGUCAGCUCGAGUGGUGGUUCAUCCACAGCAGCAGAUGAGGAGGGUGAAGAUGAGGAGGAGUCGGGUGAAGAGGAAGGGGGCUCGAAGUCUAAGAAGGGGGGCGAUGGUGGCUAUGACUAUCUUCUUGGCAUGCCACUGUGGAGUUUGACCCUGGAGAGGGUUCAAGAGCUGCUGAGGGAUCAGAAGAAGAACCAAGACGACCACGAUGCUCUGUUGAAGACGGAGCCCAAGGACCUCUGGGAGAGAGACCUGGACAUGUUCCUUGAGGAGCUUGAGGUUGCGGAGGAAGAGGCGGCUCAGGAGAAGGCCAAGGAGGUGGCAGGCAAGCCUGGCAAGGGGAAGGGUCGUGUUACCAAGGCAGUGGCUGCCAAACCCAAAAGGGCACAGAAGAAGGCUCAAGUCUUCAGUGAUGAGGAGAUGGAUUUCAUCUCAGACUCAGAUGAUGACUUCAUGGAAGAUGCCAAGGUGAGGCGAGGAAAGGGCGCUGCCGCUACUGCAGCAAAGCCGACAGCAGUGGUUGCUACAACAAAACCACAGGCAUCCGUACCUCUUGUUCAGGCACCAAAACCGGAGGUGGUCAAACCUGCUCCCAAGGCGAAACCUGCUCCCAAGCCAAAAGAACCUGCUGGAUCUGAUUACGACAGUGAUGAGGACUUUGGAGGAAGCCUCAGGGAGAGGCUUUCAGCCAUGGCAGCGAAGAUGUCGCUGCAAGAAAAACCUUCAGGGGGAGCUUCCACAGCAGAAGUGAAGCCCGCCGCAGCUUCCAAGAGAGAACCUGCCAAGAAGGCCACCACAAAGCGACCUGCCACCAAGAAAAUGGAGGAGAAGGUGGAGAAACCAGCUCUUGGUGAUGAGUUUGAAUUCCUUGAUGAGGUGGACAUUAAGUCUCCUGUGAAGGAGCCUGUGAGCAAGGUGCAACGAAUGCGCCCAUCGCCUUUUAGCAAGAAGAGCGGUAUGCCAGCAGCUGCAGCAGCAGAAGGUCGCACCCAUCUCUCCCGUGGGGCUCAAAAGAAGCCGGCUGUGGUGCUCAGUGAUGACAGCGACGAGAGUGAGGAGGAGAGCGAGGACGAUUUCCAGGACUUCAGCGAGGAGGACUACUAG